UUUGCCUGCAGGCACGGCCCGCGAUGCCGCCGCCGCGUGUGCGGGAGUUGGGGGAGAUGUACGAGCUCGUGGAGGAGAUCCUGCUCCUCAUCCCGCCUGAGGAGCCCGCGGUCCUCAUCCGCGCCUCCCUCGUCUGCAAGGCGUGGUGCCGCCUCCUCUCCGGCCACGCCUUCCGCAGCCGCUGCCGCACCUUGCACAAAACACCUCCAGUCCUGGGCUUCUUACAAAGGUGGGAGGACAACGUGGGGCGCUCCGUCCCCACCACAAAGUUCCGCCCCCGCAAUCCCGAGCGGCGGGACAGUUAUGUGCUCGACUGCCGCCAUGGCCGCAUUCUUCUUGGGUGUAGGUGGUACGAUGAGGGGGAGGAGGAAGCUGACGAGCAGUUGAAAGAGGAAGAAGAUGAUAUCGAGGAGGACGGUGAGGGGGAAGAAGCUGACAAGGAGGAGGAAGAAUAUGAUACGGAUGAGGAGGGGGAGGAGGACGACGAAGAUGAAGAUGAGGGGAAGGAAGAUGACAGGGUCUCGAAGAUGGUCGUCUGGGACCCCGUGUCGGGAAAGCCGAAUCCAGUUGCGCGGUCUUGACAUGUUCGACCCUGACGUCAACGGCGCAACCUAUUGGGGCACGGUGCUAUGUGCGUCGGAUGGCUGCAACCACGCUGCCUGCAACUUGGGGCCAUUUUUCGUCGCUUUAAUCGGCCUUGACAGCUACCGGCCGUAUGAUGACGAUGAUAAGAGGCUGCGGGCGUUAGUAUACUCGCCAGAGACCCGGGAAUGGACCUCAACAGCCACUAUUCACAUCGGUGGCGUUGGAAGAUUUGGAGACUACAUCAUCGGAAGGCCCAGUGUCUUUGUUGGACAAGCGCUCCACUUCCUCCUUCACGGGGAUCCAACUGUGGCCAACAUUUUUAUUCUCAAGUAUGACUUCCAUAGGCAUCGCCUAUCAGUCAUUGAUCUGCCAGAGCUGUGUGCGAGCAGCUGGACCCCCCCUCCUCAUCUCGGUGGAUGACAGUGGGCUGGGGCUCGUCCACCUAGACCAGGAUGGGCUAUGCUCCAUUUGGUCGGUGGAGGUGAGUGUUGAUGGAGUAGCGUCGUGUAUCCAACUCAAAGAAAUGGACCUCAAGGCGCUUGUCCCCAUUGGCUAUCCCAUGAGCUCAGACUCUCUAAAGUUGGUUGGCUGGGUGGAGGGCACCGAUAUCAUCAUUGCGGUCACAGAUCUUGGUGUGUUCACAAUUGAUCUCAAGUCUUUGAGGUUGAGGAAGUUGUCGAGUAAGCCAUAUAGUUUCACAUUCAAGCGAGAUUCAUUUAAAAACCUCUUUCUCUACACGAGCUUCAACAAUCCGCCAGCGGUGGCAGGUGCUGUGGCCGUGGCUGAAGCAAGAUCAGCAAGUUAAGCAGGACGUCAGAACGCAGCAGUUUGAAUCUCGGGCAAGCCGUUGAAGCAUGGAAGUUGAGCUUGAUCUUUUUGUGGUGGUUCUCAUUCUGAGUCAUAUCCUAUGUUUGAUAUGGGAGUCUUAGCUCUGGUAUCUUGUCAAGGGUCAGUUGUAAGUUGGUUACCCAGCAUGCAUGCAUGCUUGCUCCUCUUUGCAUGGCUUAUCACACUGUACUUCCAGUAACUGGUGGAAGAUAUGGUCACGAAAAUUGUCAAGCUCUUGUUCCUUUA